GUCGCCACGAUGCCUGCGGUGUCGAAGGGCGAUGGCAUGCGAGGCCUGGCGGUCUUCAUCUCCGAUAUCCGCAACUGCAAAAGUAAAGAGGCGGAGAUAAAGAGGAUAAAUAAAGAACUAGCAAACAUUCGAUCAAAAUUUAAAGGUGACAAGGCUCUGGAUGGUUACAGUAAGAAAAAAUAUGUCUGCAAACUACUCUUCAUCUUUUUGCUGGGGCAUGACAUCGACUUUGGUCACAUGGAAGCUGUAAACCUGCUCAGUUCCAAUAGAUAUACAGAGAAACAAAUUGGCUAUCUGUUCAUCUCCGUGCUGGUGAACUCUAACAGCGAGCUCAUUCGCCUGAUAAACAACGCCAUCAAGAACGACCUGGCCAGCCGGAACCCCACCUUCAUGGGCCUUGCUCUGCACUGCAUUGCCAACGUGGGCAGCCGGGAGAUGGCAGAGGCAUUUGCUGGAGAAAUUCCCAAAAUUCUUGUGGCUGGGGACACUAUGGAUAGUGUGAAGCAAAGUGCUGCUUUAUGCUUGCUGCGUUUAUACAGAACUUCUCCUGACCUUGUUCCCAUGGGAGACUGGACAUCUCGAGUGGUGCAUCUGCUCAAUGACCAGCACUUGGGUGUGGUUACUGCAGCUACAAGUCUGAUCACCACUUUGGCACAGAAGAACCCGGAAGAGUUUAAGACUUCAGUCUCCUUGGCAGUGUCUAGAUUAAGCAGAAUUGUAACUUCUGCGUCAACAGACCUUCAGGACUACACAUACUACUUUGUUCCUGCUCCCUGGCUAUCUGUGAAACUUCUAAGGCUGUUACAGUGCUAUCCACCGCCAGAAGACCCUGCGGUACGUGGCCGUCUGACAGAAUGCCUGGAAACCAUCCUCAACAAAGCACAGGAGCCACCAAAGUCAAAGAAAGUGCAACACUCGAAUGCGAAGAAUGCUGUCCUGUUUGAGGCAAUCAGCUUAAUUAUACAUCAUGACAGUGAGCCAAACCUACUAGUCCGUGCCUGUAACCAGCUAGGUCAGUUCUUGCAGCACCGAGAAACUAAUUUGCGUUACCUAGCACUGGAAAGCAUGUGCACGCUUGCCAGCUCUGAAUUCUCACAUGAGGCUGUGAAAACACACAUAGAAACAGUUAUCAAUGCAUUGAAGACUGAAAGAGAUGUAAGUGUACGACAAAGAGCUGUAGAUCUCCUGUAUGCAAUGUGUGACCGGAGCAAUGCCCAGCAGAUUGUGGCUGAAAUGCUCAAUUACCUGGAGACUGCCGAUUAUUCCAUUAGAGAAGAAAUUGUUCUGAAGGUUGCAAUUCUAGCUGAGAAGUAUGCAGUGGAUUACACCUGGUAUGUGGAUACAAUCCUGAAUCUGAUCCGCAUUGCUGGUGACUAUGUCAGUGAAGAAGUGUGGUACCGAGUUAUUCAGAUUGUCAUCAACAGGGAUGAUGUGCAAGGAUAUGCAGCAAAGACUGUUUUUGAGGCCCUUCAAGCUCCAGCAUGUCACGAGAAUCUUGUAAAAGUAGGUGGCUACAUCUUGGGAGAAUUUGGAAAUCUGAUAGCAGGUGAUCCAAGAUCAAGUCCCCUCAUCCAGUUCAACUUGCUACAUUCCAAGUUUCAUCUGUGUAGUGUUCCGACCCGAGCUUUGCUUCUGUCUACCUACAUCAAGUUUGUGAACCUGUUUCCAGAAAUCAAAACUACAAUUCAAGACGUGCUGCGCAGUGACAGUCAGCUGAAGAAUGCUGAUGUUGAGCUGCAGCAGAGAGCUGUUGAGUAUUUGAGGCUCAGUACUAUUGCUAGUACUGAUAUAUUGGCUACAGUGUUGGAAGAAAUGCCUCCCUUUCCAGAGAGGGAAUCUUCUAUUUUGGCUAAACUGAAGAAGAAGAAAGGCCCAGGCACAGUUACUGACCUGGAAGAGAUUAAAAAGGAGAGGAGCUCUGAUAUGAAUGGAAGUGCUGAACCUGCCUCUGUCAAUGCCAGUGCUGUUUCUACUCCUUCUCCAUCGGCGGAUCUGCUGGGUCUGGGUGCUGCCCCUGUCACCAAUUCAGCUCCCCCACCUUCCUCUAGUGGUAGCCUGCUCGUGGAUGUAUUUUCAGAUUCAGCUUCUGCAGUUGCACCUCUUGCUCCUGGUUCUGAUGACAACUUUGCGAGCCCUGACCUGGCUUCAUCUGAGGUAGUUUCUGAGGAACCAGCUGAUACUGUGCAUGAUGCUGAUGAGCUUUUUCACAAGUUUGUGUGUAAAAAUAAUGGAGUCUUAUUUGAAAAUCAGUUGCUACAAAUUGGCUUGAAGUCUGAAUUUCGACAGAACCUGGGACGUAUGUUCAUAUUCUAUGGUAAUAAGACAUCAACACAGUUCUUGAAUUUUACUCCAACAGUAAUCUGCUCAGAUGACCUUCAGUCAAGCCUGAAUCUUCAGACAAAACCUGUUGACCCCACAGUGGAUGGAGGUGCACAGGUUCAGCAGGUUGUGAACAUUGAAUGUGUGUCAGACUUCAUGGAAGCUCCAAUCCUGAACAUUCAGUUCAGGUAUGGAGGAACAUUUCAAAAUCUUUCGGUAAAAUUACCCAUCACUCUGAAUAAAUUUUUCCAGCCAACAGAGAUGUCUUCUCAAGACUUUUUUCAGCGUUGGAAGCAGCUGAGCAAUCCAAAACAGGAAGUACAGAAUAUCUUUAAAGCAAAGCACCCGAUGGAUGCAGAGAUCACGAAAGCAAAGAUAAUUGGAUUUGGGUCAGCCCUGCUUGAGGAGGUAGAUCCCAAUCCUGCUAACUUUGUUGGUGCUGGUAUCAUACACACAAAAACCACUCAGAUUGGAUGCUUGCUGCGCCUUGAACCCAACCUCCAGGCACAGAUGUAUAGGCUCACACUACGAACAAGUAAAGAAGCUGUAUCUCAGAGAUUAUGUGAAUUGCUGUCAGAACAGUUUUAAUAUUAACCAUGUCAGUUUUGGUUUUUCCACUUAUAUCACUGUCAUCAUACUGCAAAUAAAUGUCUUGUACAUCA